CAGAGCACAGAAGACAUACCUGCCUGCCUGCCUGCCUGCCUGCCUGUCUGCCUGCCUGCCCACACAGAGAGGAUUUUACUAAAGCUACAGGAGGAGAAGUGAUGGCUCUGUCCCUCAGUGGAUUACUGGCCCUGGCUGUCACCUGGCUCUGUGUGUCCCUUGAUGAAGGAAUGGGACUCCCCCUAUCGGACUCCUCGCACCCGAGUCUCGGAGCAGCGCCCCGGCUCAGGGUGAAGCGUUGCUCCUGCAACAACUGGCAUGACAAGGAGUGCAUCUACUUCUGCCAUCUGGAUAUCAUCUGGAUCAACACCCCGGGUAAGACCACUCUCUACGGUCUGGGGAGCCCCCUGUCUCGCAGGAGGAGGUCACUGGGACGCUGUCAGUGUUCCCAUUCCAAGGACCAGUCCUGCGCCCGGUUCUGCUACAGGAGCCCCCGCGAUGUCAUUCAGCAGUUUUUGAACACGGCUGCCGGUUCACACGGCAGCAGAGACACACAGAGACAGAGCUCACGCCUGCUGCGUGCUUUCAGGAAUGCUGCUUUGGCCAACACCAGGGCCGCACAGCAGAGCGUCUCAGACAAGGAGAAACCCCUGAACCCUUCAUUGUGGAACAAGAUUCACAAGACACGCAUGAGAUAGAAAGACCACAGCAAAGAUAGAGAACUAAACAGAAAAAACACACCAUCAAAGUGAGGCCAGCGGGCUUCUGGGCUUCUGUGGUUCCUGCCUUUAGCCCCUUAGCUUCGAGAGAGGAGGAGUCUGCUAUACAGUGUCACAAACUGAUGGACUAGCCAAUAGAAAAGUAUUUCAAAUGUGCCCAGCUAGUCAGCUGGGACUCCAGGCUUGAAAACAGGAUAACUCCAUACUAUGCAUCAUCCAGUACUGUCCAGUAAUGAAUCUGUACAACUCUGGAGAACCAGGACUGCUCUGGACACUUUGGUACUCAUUUCUGAGUUAGAGACAUUUGGACUGUGUCUGUCAUUUCAACCCUCGGAAAGGUUUGUGGGAGAUUUAAUAUAGGACUGGGUCUGUCAUUUCAACAAAAACAAAAUCAGAACUGAUUUCAGACACACAAAAGAGGUGCUGGAAUUAGUCUUUUAAGAUAGACUCCUCUUGAGUAGCAUGCUGGGGUAUAUUUGUUGGUAGUAAUUAAGGGUUAAAACGAGUGAUGUUAGCCACUGAAAUGUGUGGCUCCAUAAAGUCUGUACAGACAGUAUUCUAUGCUUGUAAUGGAUUCGACAUUUGCAGCCAUUCUGUUUGAUAGUCUUUAUACCAGGGUCAUGACACUGACCGCACUCUGAGGUAUAUGGACCAAUCAGCCUGCAGGUUACAGGAACAGCAGAAAGAAGUACUACUAUUGGAAACGUCCUCCUGGCUGAUUUGAUCAUAGAGAACAUCUUUUAUUAGAACGCAUUGACAGGCAACAGGACACAGGCAAGGUCCUUGCACUUGAGAGAUCCUUCAGUAAAUGUUAAACAGCUGCUGUCCCUCCACUGAGUCAUAGCAGUACAACAUAUUCCUGCUCAUGCAGAAGCACAAACAGCAUUCACUUGAAGAUCUGCUUGUGCUCUGUGGCUGCAUUUCCUUCCUGUCUAAACACUGUUUGUGUUUGCAAGUGCAGGGAUGGAAAUAACAGUCCUAGUGCAUAGCAGUUUCACUCACUCCAGGUUUAUUCAAGCUUGAUUAGCCAUGGUGUAUAGGUAAGAAGAACAGGAAUGGAUCAAACUUUAUACCCAUUACCUUUGCACUGGACUCUAUCCAUAAAUAAUGUUGUUAAGUGUUUUGCAGAUGCAUUUACUGUAACAACAAUACUGACUACCUGCAGCGCAGCGCUCUUAAGCAUAAAGCUAUCAUACUUGUAACCUGGCCAGACCCUUCUGCACCCUCAGCCCAGCACAAUGGCCAAGCUGCUGAGUGAAAUCAAAGGCCUUUGUUAUGCCGGAACGACUUUCUGUAUGGUUACAGCUUUUUAAUUGUUUCAGACGCCAAGUAGUUUGAAUGGCACUAACUUUUGCCAAGAGUUGUUUGUUUAAUUGUUCUAGACAUAUGGAAAAGAGAUGUAUAAGAGACAGAUGAAGGCUUAGGGUUAGGGUUAGUUCUAGAUAUAUGGAAAAGAGAUGUCUAACAGAAAUAUGAAGGUCUUUUUAAAAUGGGGUGGGGGGGGGGGGGGGGGUAGUCUUUCUCAGAGGAGGGCAGACCUAUGUGGCGAGCUUGGAAAAUCUUGCCUUUAAUCUGACAGCUAUUCGUUAAUCGCAGCCCAGAUCAGGGACAGGGAAAUGGUGGGGGUUGGGGGGGUCGACCUCAACCGUGUUCAGAUGCAGGGUUGUGUAAAUAACCCAUUGUUCAAUCUCUGUUUAAUAUUAAUGUCAUUGUAUUCCAAACAAUGGUUUAAAUAUUAACAAAAUGAAGUUCUGCUGAUAUUUAUUUAAUUUAUAAUACCAGUUAUUGUUAUUUUAUUUAAUUGUAUACAUAAUAUCGAGAAGGUAUUUCAUAUUAUAAAUGUUGUAUUCAAAUGAAAAAUAACAAAUGAAAAAACAUUAAUAAAAGAUUAGCUGUUCAAGAGGUGAGUGUGUUUAUUAAUGAAAGAUUAGCUGUUCAAGAGGUGAGUGUGUUUAUUAAUAAAAGAUUAGCUGUUCAAGAGGUGAAUGUGUUUAUUAAUGAAAGAUGAGCUGUUCAAGAGGUGAAUGUGUUUAUUUAUAAAAGAUUAGCUGUUCAAGAGGUGAGUGUGUUUAUUAAUGAAAGAUUAGCUGUU